UAGUAUUUCACCCUACCACUUACUUAACUACUUAACUCUUCCUUCUCUCCACACCAAUCUUUCUCAUUUUCAUUCUCCCUUUGAAUUUGUUUUUCAAUUUUCAUUCAAGAAACAAUGGCAGUUUCUACCGAUGUCGCAUAUGGUCCAUUGGGACACAACGGUGGUGACUUUUGGAGUUUCCGACCUAGGAACAAGAUCAGUCAAAUUGUUAUUUCAAUUGGUGGGCCCGGAAAUAACAAGAACAAUCCCAUUGGUUUAACUUUUUCUACCACCAAUAACGAUGGUUCAAAGGAUACCCUCUCAAUUGGUGGAGGUGGCUCAGAUACCGCCGUCGUCCGUAAAGAAACAAUUGAUAUUGAUGGCACGGAUGAAUACCUGACUGAGAUAAGUGGAACGUUUGGACCUUUAGAUAGGUCGUACAAUGUGCUACGAUCUAUAAAAUUUACUACCAACGCAAGAGAGUUCGGUACGUACGGCCCCAAUGUUGGAACGCCAUUCAACUUCCAGGCUCAGAAUGACAACAAGAUUGUUGGGUUCUUUGGGCGAGCUGGAUUCUAUAUUGAUGCUAUUGGUACUUAUAAUGCACCGGAUUAUUAAGUGAUUGUAUCGUUACUCUGAAGCUUAAUGCUCCAUUGGAACACCUUUUAUGUUU